AUGGAUGAACCAAAGAUGCCAGAGACUGUCGAUACAGAGCUGCUUCAGCUCAACAUCAGUGAAGAAAUGAGAGGAAUUUCAGCAUUCAUGAAGGUUAUGGCCACACUUUUUCAUUACGGUAAUCAACCGAUGAACGCAGCUCAGCUUGUUGGUGCCGUGAGAGCUUUGGAUCUACUUCCACUAAGAGGAGAGACGCCCAAAAGUACUAUCCAGGGUAUUAUAUCGACGGCGCGAAAGGCUGCACGCGGAUUAAAGCAACCUGAUCCAUUCGAUAUUGCUAAGGAUGGUGCCGGUCGCCAAACAAAGUAUUCGAUUGCAGACUUUGUGUUGAAUGGAGUACAAUUGCCCCCCAUUCAGGAGAUCCCGGAUGAGCCGAUGCACAUUAAACCAGUAGAAAACUCAUCUUCAUCUUAUUCUUAUUCGAGUCAUCUUGGGAAGCAGCAGCGUAAGCCAUCUUCUGAUCGUAAUGGAAGCAGACGUCGGCGAACCAACUCAUCCAAGCUCAAGAGAAAACGCACAAGUGGUUACGAUACCGAUUCGGAUGGAAAUGGCUUUGACGUUGAUGUGGACAUGGACGAUGAGUCCAUGUCGAUAGACUCAGGUGCAGACGAGGCUAAUAUAGCCCAAUCAGAAGAAGAUACUAUAUUCGACUAUUCGCUUCUAUAUGCACCACCACCUGCGGAUAUGAAUUACCUCGAUCCUAUCAACUUUGUCGACUACCCUAUUGCUGCCAAUUUUGCAGCUGUACAACAAAAGGGCUAUUCAUACCCUCGGUUCCGAUCACAUGAGAAGAUUAAAAUUCCUAAAAUACAUUGCGAGGAUCGAUUCCGCGUUGCAGAUAUUCAUGAUACAACAGGAAAAAAAGUGGUUGGGCGUGUAUUUAUUCUGGCAGAUGGUCAUGGUGGAAGAGGUUGCUCAGAAUACUUUGUUCGCAAAACACCACGAGCUUUAGAGAAGGUGUGUGCGGAAUAUAAUCCACAACAAUUGGAUAAUAAGGAAGUCCAAGAACGCUUUGAGCAUGAUAUCAAACUCAUGGUCGAGUCCUUGGAUGAAGACUAUUUGACCAUCAAACGAGCCCAAUUAUCUGGAAAAUCGGAUAGCUGCUUUCCUGGGAAGAAUGGUAACCUUAGUACUGAAAUGGGGGAUGCUGUUGAUGGGCAUCUAGAAUCUGAGAAGACCGACAAUGACGGUUGCACUCUUAUUCUUAACGUGUUCUUUGGUGACUGGCUGGUGAAUGUCAAUGUGGGUGAUUCUCGGACUAUUUUGAUUUCUGCUCCUGAGCCAAGCUCAGCACCCGUAACUAUGGACUAUCCUCUCACCGGAGGCGUAGAUAAGGACUAUCUUAUGGAAGUUGUAUUCGCAUCCCAAGAUCACAAACCUUACCUGGAACAUCUGGCGAGAGAAAUUCUUGAGAAUGGCGGUGAAUUUGUAGACUCUGUUCAGAACAGAAUUAUCAAAGUCGAAUUGGACAAACUUAGAGAGGAUGGUAAUCGACAGGCUAAAAGAAUCGCUCUCAAGAAUGCACGUAUUCGACCCAAGGAUUACCAGGUUACGCAUGAUCAGGCAAACGGCGACACAUCAGUCCAAGGAUGGGCGACUCAAAGUGCAGUUCGUACUACAGCCAACAAUGUUCCUGCAUGGCGCGCCCGUGAAGAUCGCAUUCCAUCCCUAAACGUUGCACGGUCCUGCGGUGACUUGGAUUUCAAGUUGAACCCAAAACAAAAAAUUAUCUCUUGCGAGCCCGACGUUACUUUUAUUCGGAUAUCUGAUGGAACCCCAGAAAAGGAUCCAAACAAUAAUAGUGAAGAUUCUUCAAAAGAAAUACCCCCGCGCACCAUGGUAACCUCGUCUGCGCACAAAGAAAAGCGGAGGCACUUUUUGUUUAUGAGCACAGAUGGAACAUUUGAUUAUAUGUAUGAAGAAGCGCCAGAUAAGCAGAACCGUGUGAUUGCAAAGGCAAUAGGUGCUAUGGUUGAAGAUGGAGAAAAAGCUGGACGGUAUAUUCUAGAACAAGAAGAGCAUAAUGAAGGACAAACAAUUGAACACACGUCAUCUUCAAUUGAGGGUGUAGUCAAAGAUAAUGAAACAGCCAACCAUUCAAAGUCACAGGCAACACUCCCAACAACAGAUAAUGUAGAAUCUGUUCAGAAAGGUUCUGAGAUUAAGAACACUGAACAGUUGUUGCCAACAGUAUUAAAGCAACCAGAAUCAGUACCAGAAGCAAAAGCAGGAUCAGCACCACCAAAUGAGGAUAUGUCGGUAGAGGCAACUGAAAAGGAGCCUACGGCGGAAAGCGAUGCAGCAUUGUUGAACCAACAAGAGCCUCGCAAACCUCUUUUAUUCCGUGAAUUAACAAAACAAGAAGAAAAGAUCCGGAAACUCAAAGAGAGGACGCUUACAAUGGCCGCGCGAUACUUUGCGAAUAGAGAAGGGGCGCAUGGCUUUUUUGCUUCGAAGCUGCAAGAUUAUGAUGACUGCACCGUAAUGCUUAUUGAGAUCUGA